GCCCGGACUGUUCUCGGAAAAUUGAAUGUCUCAGCCAAUCAGAUCAGUGUUAUCUCAGUUUUUUUAGAAAAUGCUGGGGUCAGGAGAAAGAAAUCAAACACAUGUGUAUCCAAUACGGUAGCAACCCAUCGUCCCAUCGGAAAGGGGGCGCAUCUAAAAAACAAUCUGGACGCUGGGCACACCUAUGAAUAGGUUUAUGAAAGGAACAUGAAACAAUAACUCGGCUCCAUGGAUUGCUAGACCAGGUACAGACGCACGAUUGAGAGCAUGGUGUGGCCAUAUACGAGUUGGUAUGCUCUGAUCGGGGCGUGUCUGUCCUCAUUUGGGCUUGUCGGACUGGGAGCGAUGUUAUCAAUAUGGGCUUGCUAUCAUAUCACGCAGAGAUUAUCAACGCGGUCCAUUUGGGGCGAACUCAAUACAAGCAGGUCAGACCUCGGACAGAGCGGCUCAACCUCGGCCACCAAAGACGACGUCUGCCGUGUAGACGUCGACGAUAAUGAUGUGCUCACUGACGAAUUGUGUCCUGCGACUGUGACGGCUGGUGUGGGGACUCUCCGCCAGGUGGCAGUCGCCAGUCUCCACGACCUCCUCCAAGACCUUGCCACACUCCGACCCCCAGGGUAUGCACAGAGGCCUUCAACGUCACCCUCCCCUACUCACACCGAGGACCCCCAUAGGGAUGCCAGUCCCUCCACCCCGGAAAACGUGACGAUUCCUGUCCCACGCCCAAACACGGAGAGGCGGAUUUCACUCCUAACCAGACAUCUACCUGUUUGUGAAACGCUUGAAGGAGAGUAUGUUCCUGUCUCAGACAUACCAACAUACAUGGCAACGACUACCAGUUCCAGUACUGAAAUGUUGAACCAUACCAUCGCCCCUAUGAUGUCGACAAGUGUUGCGGAGCCUACAUCGUCCGCUGCACUGUCUUCUCCCCCGUGCACGGACGAUCACUCAGCCUACGUCCAUGCAGUCAGCACGACCACACCUGCAGGCGCCGACGCGUUCAGGACGUACGUGAAUCACCAGGUCGAGGCCAUCUUCCCCCAGGACAGCACGAGGCGGGAAACCUACAAGUCCAUCGCCGAGGAGAUCCUGUUCGCCUCCACUGCCCAGCUCGUCACAGACGCCGUCUUCAGGGCAUUCAGGGUCACCCUCGGGGUGCUACGUCAGUGGGAUCUCGAGCAUACACUUGUGGGGGUCUUACCCAGGGAAACUCCAGGCGAGAUCACCCACCAGGUCCAGUUUGUCUUGAACACCGUCACAUUCACAUGGGAUAAAAACAAGUAUGGGCCUGAUUUCCUACAGACAAUGUCCCAGUUGGCCCAGGACAUCCGGGGGCGGGAACGACAACCUUCGUGUUCAGAGUACCUGGCCUUUCAGCUGGCGUACCACAAACUGGCUCAAGGAUGUCGCCUGAACCUGCCCACUCACAUGCCCAUAGGCUCCCCCGGGUUCCGCCCCCACACGCAAACGUAUCUGUCCUUCACAGAUCCAGGCGAGAGGCACGUGCAGGGCACGACUCGUCAUCUGAAGAGGAUGCAGGGCACCAUCAUCCACGUGGAGACACCGAGUCGUCUGCCUGUUGAACACCCUGCCCAGACACAACCGUCUUUGCUGGGCCUGGCCAAGGUGCGCCUACACACGGGGUCAGCAGCACCAACCUCGGCUUGUGCGGGCGCAGCGAUAGGACACUCUGAACAUGGUGAAUUUGAUGAACAGUUUUGGCAGACAGUUCAUCUGGUAUCUAAUGAAGCCACGGCAGUCUUCCAUCACGGAGCUGCCGAGUGCAAGGUGAGCAUGGACGGACUGAGUACGAGCCAAGCUGUGAGGUACAUGAGAGCGCUAACUGCUCACGUCAGUCGUGAACGCUUUAGUCAGUAUCUUUCUGCUGCUUGGAAUGUCAACCAGAUCAUUAUUGACGACUAUGAGCGAGAAAAACCAAGGCACCUGGUCAACAACCAACAUAUAGCAAUGAGAACUCUUGAGAUAACUUCAUUGGGUGGUUUUGAUGUUGUGAUUCUCGAUGGAGGCAAGGGUGACAGUCAUCCAAAGGACAUGGUGGGAUUUGAAGAGGCUCUCGCCUUCAACCAUGAGGCUCACGUGCGAGGUCUGGUCACAUACUUCUCCGCCGGCUUCAAGUUCGACGAAAUCAAACACGCCGUGUUUGCCGGAGUGGACGGUAUCGGCAUCGGGGGAGCUCAGGUGUUGAGGUACAUGGACAGUGACAGCGGCAUGCACGGGCCUUACACGGAGGAGAACAUCCCGCGGAUCCUGCAGAGCAGAGACGAUGCUGCCAAGUCUGUCCGCGGAAGAGGAGUGCACCUCCUGGUCAGACUGGACACCAUGUUCUUUGAGGGAACUAUAAGUCAACAGCAGAACAUUCUUAGAGCUCAGUUAUUCAAAGCUUUACAGUCGAAGCGCAAAGCCGAAAUAGAAAAUUUGUUAAAUGACCUGUGUGUCGUCUGCUCUGAAGCCACGGAUUCCCGCCACCGCGUGGCGGGAACUGCUGGGCGCCUGUGCCGCGCUACCGCGCCGCUGCUGCAACAAGUCGCAGAGAGUCAGACCGAGUGGCGAGUGUUCAUUACUCGUCUAAGGCUGUUUGUGCAUGCUAAAGACUAUCUUAAUUUAGCAGAGGAAUAUGAAAGCGAGCCAUGGUUGACGUACCGACAAAAAUAUGCAGACACACUAAAAGCCUAACGGUGCAGGUUUUGGUCCGCCCGAGUGAGGGCGCUCAUAAAAUCAUCACUGAUCGUACAUACAUUAACGCCACGUGCCACCCAUGCGCAGCUUAUGUUAGUACCAGGUUUCGGGGCUGCAUCAGUAUUAUCAUAAUCUGCAAUGUAUCGAAAUACUUUGUUUUUGAGAUUUUAUGUUAAAUAACCCACAUUCACAUGCUAGUCAUUACAUUAGUGUAUCCAAACCUUUGACCCACCCAUCCGUCCUUUCCAAGCAUGUAUCCUGUCACGUGAAGCUAUAUGUGGUGUUUGUUGUCAAAGUGAGUGAGUGAGUAUGGUUUUACGCCGCUUUAAGCGACAUUCCCGCAAUAUCACGGCUACCCGACCGCCCCCAUUUGUUGUCAAAACUACCCCAUGUGAAAACAUAACAUAAAUCUGCCUCUGUGUCCGUAAAGUUAAGCCUAUCCCGAAACUGUAUCAAGAACACAGUCCGUAAAAUAUGAGUACUAUUAUAUCGCAACUAAUACCCCGUUCACGUGCACCUCUAUACAGGGGGCACGGGUGGCCCAGUCGUGUAAGGCGCCGCGAUUCGCUGUGCAGAGUUGCGUCCCUUGGGCAUGCCAGAAACUUAUGAUUGUGGGUUCGAAUCC